CCCCUAAGCCAGUGUCAUACACACCGUCCGAGCCGAGCACCGCGACCACCGUUAUCAUGGCGAGCCAGCAGCUCCUGACCGCCGCGAUGAUCCUGUGCUGCUGCUCAUUCGGCGGCAGCUCGGCACUAGAUCUCAACAGAUUAUACGGACAUAUACAUGCCAAAAGGAAUAUAGGUGAACCUUGCCAUCCUUACGAGCCCUUUAAAUGCCCAGGAAACGGUGCUUGUAUUUCAAUCCAGUACCUAUGCGAUGGGGCUCCUGAUUGUCCAGAUGGAUACGACGAAGACGCGAGGCUGUGUACUGCAGCAAAACGACCUCCGGUCGAAGAGACAUCAAGUUUCCUUCAAUCUUUAUUAGCUAGCCACGGACCAAACUACUUGGAAAAAUUGUUUGGUAGCAAAGCUAGAGACGCUUUGGAACCAUUGGGUGGCGUUGAAAAAGUUGCAAUCACACUUUCAGAAUCGCAAACGAUCGAAGAUUUUGGAGCCGCAUUACAUCUAAUGAGGUCGGACCUGGAGCACUUGCGUUCGGUGUUUAUUGCUGUGGAAAACGGUGACAUUGGUAUGUUGAAGAGUUUAGGUAUUAAAGACUCAGAAUUAGGGGACGUUAAAUUUUUCCUCGAAAAACUGGUCAACACAGGAUUUCUUGAUUAAGCAAAAAUUUUGUCAUUCAAUUAAUUUUAUCAAAGCCGAAGUAUUACAUUCCAAUUUUUAUAUCUUAUAAUAUAUAUAUAUAUGCAUAUAUAUAUAUAGAGUGAACUGUGGUAAAUGUAAACAAAAGGGGUAAUUGUAAAUUCAUUUUUUCUUUUAGAAUAUUUAGCAGAUUUUAUUUUAGACUGAAAAGUUUCGGUCCUUAUAUGUACUGCUAUCAUAUUAAAUGGAAAUAAAAACAUGUGAAUUUACCUAAAAAAUGUAUUUACAAUUACCUCACUUCAUCUUAUACAUGUACUUUAAAUUUUAAACCCAAUGGACUAUUACUAUUUGUUACUCAAUCAUGAAUUUUGUGUAGAUAAUUUUCGUCAACAUCGUGUUCCUUAUUAAAAAAAAAUUAUACAUCCCGAUACUAUUUUUUGUCAAUUAUAUCGAAUAAUAUUGUAUGUUAGUCUAUUGAAACAAAUACAUAUCAGAAAUCAUUACCUACACAUAUCAUAAAUGUAUUAAAAACAUAUCUUUUAAACAUUAAUUAGAAAAAACUAUAACUAUUAGUUGAAAAUCAUGAUAUAUAUCAUAGUAGUAUUGUGUUAAAUAAAUAAAUCAUUUUUUAUCAAUUGAUUUCUAAACCAAGUGUGCCCAAUGAGCUAUUAUCAUAUUAUAAAUGUGUUAUUCAUUAAAACUUCUUAGAUUUUUGCUUAAAAUAAUAGUUUUUAACUUUUACUAAUUCAUAUUAUUACUUAUUGAUAUUUUAUGGCCAAACUCCUAAAAAGAAAAUAGUACGUGAUGUAAUAUAAUUAACAAUUAUUUUAAUCGAUUUUCUCACAAAAACGAUUAAAUAAUAUAUUUUUAUUAUUAGCAUUAAGAUUUUGAUUACAUUCUUGAUAUCAUGUUUGUUAUUCCAUAACAGAUAGAUUAUAGUAAAAUACCCUUUUAAUACUUGAACAAUUUUUAAAUAGUUGUUUUUCUUUAUUUCUUUCCUUUUUGAAUUAUAAAUAUUGUUGUAUAUGAGUAAUGCUCAUUUGGCACAGUUAUUUCGGUGGAACACCAAAAAUCAAAAACCAUUACAUAGUAUUUUAUUGUAUUAUAAUAUUAUAUCAUUACAUUGAUCGUGAUAAUCUGUUUAUAUUUAUUAUGCUUCUCCGUUUUUUAUUAUAAUUCAAAGUUUAACAUUGUAUUCUAUUCUAUUCAAAACUCUGUACCAUGUUGAUGAAACCAGAAAAAGUAUUCAAUUAAAAUAUAACUUUGUAUUAUAACGACCUAUACACGACACGCAUACACAUACCAACAAAUUAUAUUUAAUUGAGUAUAUUUUUUCAAUUACUCAACAUGUCAGCCGAGAUUUGAUAUUUGUAUCUGAACAAAUUAUAAUCUUUAUAUUUCCUAACUAAUGAUAUUAAAUGUUUUACUUAUAAAUUUAUAAAUGUAAAAUAAAUAAUUCAGCAUGUUAUGUUUAUUUAACAGACUUGUUUAUUGAAAUCUCUACAUAAUAGUUAAAUUAUAAACCAAGAACUUAUACCAUAAUGAUAUGUGUUAAAAUC